UGCAGAUGAUACUAUUGUCAAGGGUGUUGAAAACAGCAACAGAUGGAUGUUUCCUGGUGGGACACAUGGAAACACUGAAUCUAUUGCAGCAAUUGAUGGAUACAAAUGGCCGUUGCCUGAGCCACGCUACGUCGGUCGUAGUGACAUCCAUUUGCCACUUCAGAAAUGGCCUCUGGGUCGCCGAAGGCCUCUGCCUGUGUGAUGUCACGUCGAUUGUAGGGCUGACGAUCGCUGCAAGUAUUGAAAAUGUUUUCUUGUCCAUUGGUGCUGGGACCUCCAUUCUGAGCUGCUCGAAUACUAGUGGUAUUAAUAUUGCUUCCUCUUUGACAGACUCCUGCUCGGUGUUUUGUUGGCGGUUGGCUGUCAGUCCCCCAUUGUGAACCGUUGGCUUUGUGUCGCUAGAGUUCUGUUGUCAUCGGAACCAAUUAAUGUUAUGGUGUUCUGUAUGUGUAUA